AAGUCACCGGUAACAUCUCUCUUAAUGUUAUCAGAUGGGGGACGAAGAGGCCAACUCAGGGACUGCAACCGGUGGUGGCGACUACGAUGUGUUCUUGAGCUUUCGAGGUCCCGACACUCGUAACGGAUUCACAGACUGCCUUUACGAGUUCAUGAGCAACACGGGAAUCCGAAUUUUUAGGGAUGACGAAGAGUUACGGCCAGGCGAAAAGAUCUCUGAGAUUUUGCGAGCAGUAAAAAGGUCCCAAAUAUACAUUCCUAUUUUCUCCAAGGAUUACGCUUCGAGUAAAUGGUGCCUACGAGAGCUGACAUGCAUGGUGGAGUGCGCUCGCCAAUCCAUGGGGAAAGAGAUAUUACCCAUCUUUUACGACGUGGAUCCCUCAGAUGUUAAGCUUGAAACGGAGCUGUACGAAAGCGCCCUAGGGAAGCAUGAGGCGAACCUUGGCUGCACUGAAGUGAAGCCGUGGAGGGCGGCUCUGAAGACGGUGGCAAAAAUCAGAGGAUGGCAUAUCAAAGAUCAAAAGCAAGGCAAGGCCAUUAAAGACAUCAGUCAAAAGGUUUCACAGAAUAUCGCAAUUAAAAAAAGAGAUUUGCCCGUUGAUCUAAUUGGUAUUGAUGACCGUAUAGAAGCCAUAGAGAAACUGUUAGAUAGUGACAUUAGUGAUGUACGAUUUGUCAUAAUCCAUGGAAUAGGUGGCAUUGGAAAGACAAGUCUUGCCAAAGCAGUCUUCAACCGGCUCUCUCCUCAAUUCGAAGGCCACUCCUUUCUUUCGAACAUCCGAGAAUCAUCUUCAGGUGGUGGUGUUACAAAAUUGCAAAGAAAAUUAGUAUCGGAUCUUUUCAGUUUCUCUCUUCUUGAGACCUUUGAUUUUGAGGAAGGGAACAAUAUGAUCAAAAAGAGGUUACCUACCAAAAGAGUCUUACUUGUUUUCGAUGACAUGGAUGAAAAUGAUCAAGUUUUGCAGCUAGCGAUGAAGUCUUAUUUGUGUGGUCCAGGGAGUAGGAUCAUCUUUACAACCAGAGACAAGAGUGUUUCUACUAAGACCAAGUUGGAAGGAUUGGAGAAAAAAAUCUUAAUGGGGUCUACAAAAGUUUUCUUGUACGAAAUGAAGGAAUUACAUUUUGAUCAUGCUCUGCAACUUUUCAACAAGCUUGCUUUCAACACGGAUGUGGCUCCAUGUGAUCUUGAUCUUUCAAGAGAAGUUGUUGAACUAACUGGUGGACUUCCAUUAGCUCUCGAGGUGAUAGGUUCACAUCUUCGUACCAUGGAUAAAGCAAAGUGGAAAAGCACACUGAAGAAGUUGAAGGAAGUGCCUCUUGAAAAAGUCCAACAGAGCUUGAAGAUUAGUUAUGAUGCAUUAGGAUAUGAGGCGCAACAAAUUUUUUUGGACAUUGCUUGUUUCUUCGUUGACAAGAAAAUAACUAAUGCAAUGUACUUAUGGGAAGCCUGUGACCUCUUUCCGGAAGUCGAAAUUGUUGUUCUUAUCAAUAAGUCCCUGAUCAAGAUUGAUCAUGACAGGAUUUGGAUGCAUGAUCGGUUAAGAGAUUUUGGUAGGGCAAUUGUUCGUCAAGAGAAUAUCGGAAAACCUGGAGAACGAAGUAGAUUGGGAUUUAUCAAGACGGCUUUGGAUGUAGUACGAGCUAGAAAGGGAACAGAAAAUGUGAUAGCGCUCGCACUAUGGAGAUCAAGACACGAUUUUACACGUGAAGAUUUUACGAAUCUCAUGAACGUGAGAUUUCUUGAAUUGGAUGGAGGGAACUUUGCCGGCAACUUUGAGGAGAUUUUGCCGGAGCUAAGAUGGCUUUGUUGGCGAAAUUGUCCUCCGAAACUUCGUGCGAACAAUUUUGUACUGAAUCACCUCGUUGUUCUCAAGCUUUCAGGCCAUAUCACCGCAGAAGAAUGGAGCGGAUGGGCUGAAAUCAUGGUGGCAAGUAAAUUGAAAGUUUUGAAAAUCGCGGGAUCUAAAUCCUUAAUGAAAACACCUUGCUUCCCUGAACUUACGAGUUUGGAGAGAUUGGUUCUGAAAGAUUUCCCAAGGUUGACUCAAAUUGACAGCUCAAUUGGUAAACUAGAGCGGUUGAUUUACUUGAAGAUCAAAUGGUGCCCGCGUCUCGGAGGGUUGCCCUGGGAUAUUGGCCAUUUAACUGCACUGAGAGAGCUCAUCUUGAUCCAGUGUUUCAGCGUUCGUGCUUUGCCACGCUCGAUCUGCAAUCUAAGAGGUUUGUCAAGGCUAGUAAUGGAGGAUACAGGAUUAGUUGGACUUCCGGACUCAAUCAAAGGGCAAGCGGAUCUUGAGUACUUGUGUUUGGCGAAUUGUACGAGUCUAGACUCGCUGCCAGAUGAAGUUGGGGAGUUGAAGUCGUUGACUGAGUUGGAUCUAUCUGGGACAACUAUCAAGGAACUACCUCAUUCGAUUUGGAACCGCAAAGAUCUGACGUUGCGGUUGAACAGUAGUAAGAUAAGAAUGCAACUGAUGUCGGAUUUGCCUCGCUUGGAAGGUAUUGAGGAUUGCUGGGACCCUAUGGUACCUGGAGCAGUUUCAAAAAGCGCACCAAAGAAGUUGAAGCAAGCGCCUCACAACAAAAUCCGUUGUUCGUUAGAGAUUAGUUAUGAGGCUCUUGAAUAUGGGGCGAAACAAAUCUUUCUUGACAUCGCAUGCUUCUUUGUUAACAUGAAGAAAACUGAAGCAAUGUAUGUGUGGGAAGCUUGUAACCUUUUCUCGAAAGUUGAAAUUGACGUCCUUGUCAAUCGAUCCUUGAUCGAGAUUGUUGAUCAUAGAAUAUGGAUGCAUGAUCAAGUAAGAGAUUUUGGGAGAGAAAUUGUUCGUCGAGAGACUAUCGGGAAAUUUGGAGAUCAAAGCAGAUUGUGGCAUCCCGAGAUGGCCCCGGACAUAAUACAGGCUAAAAGGGGAACAGAAAAUGUGGAAGCAUUCACAUCAUGGAAAUUGAGACACAAUUACAAAUUAACACCCGAAGAUUGUGCGAAUCUCAGGGGCGCAAGGUUUCUUGAAUUGGAUGGACAGAAUUUGGCUGGCAACUUUAAGAUAAUAUUGCCAGAGCUAAGAUGGCUUUGUUGGCGAAAUUUUCCUCCAAAACUUCAAGCAAACAACUUUGUUCUGAAUCACCUAGUUGUUCUCAAGCUUUCAGGUGAUUUCACCGUAGAAGAAUGGAGCAAAUGGGUCGAAAUGAUGGUGGCAAGUAAACUGAAAGUUUUGAAUCUCGCGGGAUCCAAAUCCUUUAUCAAAACACCUUGCUUCUCUGAAUUUAUGAGUUUGGAGAGAUUGGUUCUGAAAGAUUUACCAAGAUUGGUCGAAAUCGGUUGGUCAAUCGGUAAACUAGAGCGGUUGGUUUACUUGAAAAUCAAACGUUGUCCGCUUCUUAGAGAGCUGCCCCAGGAAAUUGGUUCUCUCACCGCCCUGAGAGAGCUCAUCUUGAUCGAGUGCUGUAGUGUUUGUUAUUUGCCGGACUCGAUUGGUAAUCUAAGACUUUUGUCAAGGCUAAUAGUGGAGGAUAUAGGAUUGGUUGAAAUCGGUCGGUCAAUCGGUAAACUAGAGCGGUUGGUUUACUUGAAAAUCAAACGUUGUCCGCUUCUUAGAGAGCUGCCCCAGGAAAUUGGUUCUCUCACCGCCCUGAGAGAGCUCAUCUUGAUCGAGUGCUGUAGUGUUUGUUAUUUGCCGGACUCGAUUGGUAAUCUAAGACUUUUGUCAAGGCUAAUAAUGGAGGAUACAGGAUUGGUCGAAAUCGGUCGGUCAAUCGGUAAACUAAAGCGGUUGGUUUACUUGAAAAUCAAACGUUGUCCGCUUCUUAGAGAGCUGCCCCAGGAAAUUGGUUCUCUCACCGCCCUGAGAGAGCUCAUCUUGAUCGAGUGCUGUAGUGUUUGUUAUUUGCCGGACUCGAUUGGAAUCUAA